AGGCGGCGGCUUAGCUAGCCACAUGGCUAUUUUGGAAAUUUGAAAUUCAAUACCAAAAGAACAUUGCUCUCUAUUCUGACUAGUAUGAACAUGACCCUUGUUUUAUUAAAUUAGUUUACCAUUAAACAUUAUUCCACACCGUUUUUUCAAACUCCAAAUUCUUCUCUUUGACUUGGCCACUCCUUAAAAACUUGGUCUCCAAGCUCUCUCCCUCUCUCUUUCUCUCUAUAUAUUUCAAUGCUCUUACAUUUUUCACUCACACUCAUAAUCCUAAUAUUAUUAUUCUCCCAACACUUAAAGCUUUUCUCUCAUUCCUUCUCAUCAUCAUGGCUCGCUUUGCAACCUUGCUUGUUCUGUUCUUAGUUAUCUUCUCUGCUUCCAUGUGUUGUUGUUCAGAAGCUAGAAAACUUCAACUCAGGGGAAACAGGGGAAUCAAGGUUGUUGACCCUUCUCCAAAGAGCAGCUUGUUCUUCAGCUCCCUUCCAAAGGGCACCGUGCCGGCUUCCACACCGAGCAAGAAGGGACAUGCCAUGGAGGUUGAUGAGAAGCUCAUUGCACGAAACCUCAUUAGUGUUGAACGACUUCUUCUCACAUCUGUCCCUAGCCCUGGUGCUGGCCAUUGAUUCAUUUUCAUUCCUUUCUUUGUUGAUCACUUCACAACACAUUUUUUUAUUUCUUCAAUUUUGUCAUAUUCUUAUAUUAUUACAUAUUUUUUUCUUUAUAUAGUUCAAAAUGAAGACUAUAAACAUUAGCAGGAAACUAAAAAUAGCUAGGGAGGGAUAUAAUUGAACUGUGUAAAGAUGUAGAUUAAGAUUUGUAGUGUAUAUGUCUCUGUUUUCCUCUGUUUUCGGAUUCUCUCCAUUCCCUUGAUGAGGUGAAAACUAUAUAUAUGUGCAGUUACAAUUUUGUAUUCUAUAUAAUAUGAUCAACUUCUGUAAUGCUUUGUAUAAGUAUAUUUUUUACAUCAAGAUAUGUUGUUAAUUAUGUAUGUAGGUAUUAGGACAUGUAGGGUUUGCCGAAUGGAAGAAAUGUUGGCGAUUGAUAAUCUGGUUUCAUAGUCAAA